GAUGCGCUGUGUCCCUCAGAUCACCAAUCAGGGAAAGAGCUGAAGAUGUCGGCUCGGUCAUGUGAUCAGCUGUGUCCACAGCUGAUCACAUCAGUGCCACCUGUCAGUGUCCAUCAGUGCCUCGUGCCAGUGCACAUCAGUGCCACAUCAAUGCGACAUAUCAGUGCCUACCAGUGCACAUCAAUGCCACAUAUCAGUGCCCAUCUGAGCUGCCUUUCAGUGUCACCCAUCAGUGCCAGUCAGUGCCACCUAUCAUUGCCAAUCAGUGCCACCUAUCAGUGCUGGCAAUCAGUGCCACCUAUCAGUGCCAGUCAGUGCCGCCUAUCAGUGCGCAUCAGUACCGCCUAUCAGUGUCUGUCAGUGCCGCUUAUCAGUGUCUGUCAGUGCCGCCUAUCAGUGCCAGUCAGUGCCGCCUAUCUGUGCCGCCUAUCAGUG